AUGAUCGAUACCACUCGAUACCUAGAUCCAUUCGGUUGCCGUACAAUCAAUCUCUCUGCCUCGGUUUUGCUUUCUCCUCCCCUCCACUGCACCCAUGUCCGACGCGCGGCCCAAGCCCAGGGCGAGCGAGAGCUCGUUCGACCCGUUCAGCGUGUCUCUGCGGCCGCCGGAGAACGAGACGGAGGAGGAGCGGCAGGCGCGUCUGGACACCGCGCGCGAGGCCCUGAGGAUAUCGCGGAGCAUCGACGCGGCGCUCGCGGAGACGAAGAAGGCGCUCGAGAGGAAGCGGCAUGCGGUGAAGAUUCUCUUGCUAGGUCCGUCGAGACUCUCCUCGUCCCCCCCUCCCUCCCUCCAUCCGCUCGGUCUGACAAGGCCCAGGUCAAUCUGAAUCAGGAAAGGUUCCGUUUCCGUUCUCGGUCACCGGUACACAACGCGCUCAACUUAGCACUCCCAGAGUUCCGUUUUGAGAAGUAUGUGCACGGAUCGCGCUUCGGUCCUGAUUAUCUGUGUGUAACCCGCGAUGCGCGCAUUGCAGACUUUAGGAUCGCGUUCACACCCAAGUAUUUUGAGAGCGAGCGGUUGCUGUGGAAGACGGUGAUCCAGAUGAAUCUGAUCAGGCCGAGAGCGCCGCCAAGAAACGGACCCUCCCGAGGUGCGCGCCAAAUCGCUGCUGACGAGCGAGCACGAGCGGCUGGCGCUGUCUCUGUCGCCGCUGCUCGCGUUCGAGACGAGCGUGAGCAAUUUGAUCGAGAGCAGCAAGAGCGGAUACACGGUCACCGUCCGCGCGGGCUCGGGAUGGAAGGAGAAGCUCGGCGCGGGCUUCGGCGCGUCCCGUUCGCCCACCGGCCCGACGUCGCCCACGGGGGCCGACCCGACCGAAGUGACGCACCUGCUGGCUGCGUGCUCGCAGAGAUCUCGGCGCUGUGGGCCGAUGUGUCUGUCCGAGAGAUCCUCAAAUCUCAUGCGGUGGCGUUGGAAGAAGAGCCCGGAUUCUUCAUGGACGACGCCGCGCGGAUCACGAGUCUCGCGUAUGUGCCCACUGACCGUGACAUCGUCCGAGCCAGAAUCAAAACGCUGGGCGUCGAGGAGCAUCGCUUCGUGACCGAGUCCGGUUUCAGAGCCGGGACUGAGUUCUUCAUUACGGACGUCUGCGGGAGCAGCAGCCAGGUGACGCUGCUCCGAUUCCGCUAUAAUUCCGAGGUUUUGAAUUAUUGCCGGACUUCGCAAGCGGGCUACCUGGUUCAAGCCAUUCUGUUUCUCGCGCCGCUGGCAUUCUGGCAGUACCUCGACGAAGACACGAAGGUCAAUAGAGUGCAAGAUUCCCUCGAGCUUUGGCGGGAGAUAAUCGCAAAUCCUCUAUUAUCCAAGACGGCCUUCAUCCUUCUCUUCAACAAAAAAGAUAUCCUACAAGCCCAGCUCGACACUGGUAUCUCAGUCGCAAAAUACGUGCCGAGUUUCGGCGAUCGGCCUAAUACUGUCUCCGGGGUUACCAAAUGCGAGUGCCCACUCUGUCAGAUGAACGGAAUUCUAACUGGACACAUAGACUUUAGAGACAAAUUCUCGGCAUAUUACGCCGAGACCGUUAUAUUCUACGAAACGGAGGCUAUCGUAGGAUACAAAAUCGAUGAGCUCAAUCCUAGCAGAAGUGCAGGAGCAGAUUAUCGGAAUCAUCUGAAAGACCUCGAUGUGAUGUGAAUUUGUCUCAAAAUACUCCGCGCUUUCGGUUUCGCGUCCUCGAUAGUCCCGGGCUCACUCCAUUACUCCCGCAGAAAACACACAAGGGGCUAGGAUGAGCGCUCGGAGCUCGCGUUCCUUUGCGCCUGGUUGUUUGAUUAGUUGUGGCUAUACAUGCCAUGUAGUGAUAUCUAAUACGUGUGGUUAUUAUAGGUACUGUAAAACGAACGUGAUGGACCCGCGCGGGGUCGUAUUAGAUGGGCGUGACGCGUUAGACUGUGACAAGAUUAGGCGAUCGAAUCCCAUAUGCGCCUCCAGCACCUCUGCGCACGAGCCCCAAUCCAGUCCUUUCG